CCGCGCCUCUCAGGAGCCGAGCUUUGGCUCAUCAUGGCGGCUUGCCAGGCUGAGGUUCCUACCUCCGAACAAGCCUGGCUUAAGACUGCUGAGGCCUUCAUCCAAGAGACCCUGUGUCCAACUGACAAGGAGCCUAAUGUUCAGUUGACUCAGUUGGUAAUUGAUUGUGUGAAGACUGUCUGGUCGUCCCAGGGAAGUAACCAGGGUUAUACACUACCCCUCAGCUACAGCUUUGUCUCAGUUCAGGACCUCAGGACCCACCAGCAGCUGCCGUGCUGCAGCCACCUGUCCUGGAGCAGUAGUGCCUACCAGGCUUGGGCCCAGGAGGCUGGACCAAAUGGGACCCCUCUGGCCCGGGAGCGGCUUUUACUUUUAGGGACGCUAACAGACCUAUCAGGGGAUGUGGAACAAGAGCGCAGGGAUGGAGGCCUCUAUGUGAGAGAUAACACUGGAAUCCUGUGCUGUGAGGUCAUAGAUCUGGACCUUUCUUGGUUGGGCCAUCUCUUUCUGUUCCCCAGUUGGAGUUACCUCCCUCCUGCCAGGGGGAAUUUCUCAGGGGAAGGGCACUUGGAGCUCUGGGAUGCCCCUGUGCCAGUGUUUCCUUUGACCAUCAGUCCUGGUCCUCCCACGCCUAUCCCUGUCCUCUACACAGAGAGUGCCUCCCACAUGCUCAGGCUCCGAAGCAAGCCCAGAGGUGUGCAGCGAAACCUGGCUGGGAAGCUGGUUCGAUUGAGUGCUCUGGUGAAAAGUCAACGCAAAUCUUACUUUGUCCUAUCUCUUGGUGAAUCAUCCUCAGAGGUCAGCGAGACUGCCAACCAUGUGUCCAUUGUUGUGCAGAUCCCUGCUCAGCUGGUGUGGCACCGAGCCCUUUGGCCUGGUAAGGCCUAUGUGCUGACAGAACUGCGAGUAUCCAGGGUCCGUGGUCACCGUUACCGUGUUUGGACAACCAGUCCCUCCUCCCGUCUGUUGCUGCUGAAACCAGAAUGUGUAGAGGAGCUGGAAAUGGACCUGGAAGGACCCCUCUUGGAGGCUUACCCCAAGCCACUCCCCACCCCCAGCAACUCCCAGGACAGGACGGGGCAAAGAGGUCUUAUCCGGGACUCCACACUUUUAUCAUAUUCGGGAACCGUCACUGGUGUGUUGAAUGAGGCUGCUGGCCUCUAUGAGCUGGACGGGAAGCUGGGACUCUGCCUCGCCUACCAGCAGUUCCGUGGCCUCAGGAGGGUGAUGCGACCAGGGGUCUGUCUGGAGCUCCAGGAUGUUCACCUCCUCCAGUCAGUGGGUGGAGGGACAAGAAGGCCAGUGCUAGCCCCCUGCCUCCGUGGUGCUGUUCUUUUUCGGGGCUUCUCUCGUCAGAAGCCUGGAACUCAGUCAUCGCACCAAGUCUUUGGGGCCUCCCUGUAUGAGCAGCUGGUCUGGGAACGUCAGUUAGGACUUCCCCUCUACCUGUGGGCUGCCAAGGUCCUGGAGGAGCUGGCUUGCAAGCUGUGUCCCCACGUGCUGAGAUACCAGCAGUUCCUGCAGCCUUCCUUUUCUGGGAACCCCGGCCUGGGGCUGCAACUCUUGGCUCCUACCCUGGAUCUUCUGGCUCCGCCAGGCAGCCCCAUUCGGAAAGCACAUGUUGAGAUCCUUCAAGAGCUGCAUCACUGUCCCCUCCAGAAAUAUGCUCAGCUACAGACUCCCUACUCUUUCCCCACUCUGGCUACCUUGAAAGAGGAAGGGCUGCGCAGGGCCUGGGCCUCCUUUGACCCUAAGGCCCUUCUGCCCCUCCCAGAGGCCUCCCACCUGCCCAGCUGCCAACUCAAUCACCGCCUGGCCUGGUCCUGUCUCUGUCUGCAGCCCUCUGACUUCCAACCAGCCCAGGUUUUACUUGGGGUUCUGGUGGCUUCAUCUCAUAAAGGUUGUCUGCAACUGAGGGACCAAAGUGGUUCCCUGCACUGCCUGCUGCUGGCCAAGCACUCACAACCCCUUACUGACCCACGGCUCUUAGGCUGUCUGGUGCGGGCAGAGAAGUUUCAGCUGGUUGUAGAGAGGAACGUCAGAAGCAGCUUCCCUUCCUGGAAGGAGCUGAGCACCCCAGGCUUUAUCCAGAAGCAGCAGGCCAGGGUCUAUGUCCAGAUCUUUCUGGCUGAUGCCCUGAUCCUGCCUGUUCCCAGAUCCUGCCUUCAUUCAGCCACCUGUGCAACACCUCAGACAGAUUCCACCUCCCCAGACGGACCCCACAUAGAACAGAGUCGGCUGUUCUUGCUGUCCCACAAGGAGGCCCUCAUGAAGAGGAAUUUUUGUGUCCCUGAAGGGGCCAAUCCAGAGGUGCCCAAGCCCACCCUCUGUUUCUAUGUGUCAGGGAGCUGGCUUGGGGGCACACAGAAGAAGGAGGGAACUGGAUGGGGCCCACCCGAGCCUCAGGGAAAUGAGGACAAAGAUCAAAAGGUUCUCCUCAUCUUCCUUGGCUCUUCAGUCCGCUGGUUUGACUUCUUGCACCCAGGGCAAGUGUACCGACUUGUGGCUUCUGGCACCCCUACAUCAAUGUUGUUCGAGAAGGAUGGUUCGUCUUGCACAUCUCAGCGUCCUCUGGAGUUGGCUGGCUGUGUGUCCUGCCUCACUGUCCAGGAUAAGUGGACCCUGGAGCUUGAGAGUUCCCAAGACAUCCCAGAUGUGCCAGCUACAAACAAGGCACUGCCUGAAUCCUCACUGACUGACCUGCUCAGUGGCAACAUCACCAAUUCCUUGGUGUCUUUCUCAGCUGAGAUAUUGUCACGGACACUGUGUAAGCCCCUUCUGACCCCUCUCCAGACGAAACCUGAUAACACUGAGGCCAUAAGAGGGUGUGUGAAGCUAACUGUGGCCCUACAGACUGCUGACUGUGACUUCCCCCCUCACCUGGACAUAUAUAUCGAAGACCCACACUUGCCUCCCUUGCUAGGACUCCUUCCUGGAGCCCAGGUCCACUUUGUCCAGCUGGAGAAAAGGGUUUCCAGAUCCCACAAUGUUUACUGUUGCUUCCGGUCAUCCACUUAUGUGCAGGUCCUGAGUUUUCCCCCGGAGACUACAAUCAGUGUUCCCCUGCCCCAUAUCUACCUGGCUGAACUUCUACAGGGUGGCCGGGCCCCGUUCCGGGCCACUGCAUCUUGUCAUAUCGUUUCUGUGUUUAGCCUUCAGCUCUGCUGGGUGUGUGCUCAUUGUACCAGCAUCUGCCCCCAGGGAAGGUGCACUCGUCAGGACCCUGCUUGCCCCACGCAGACAUCUGUAAGCCAGGCCAACAUCAGGCUCCUGGUGGAGGAUGGGACUGCCGAAGCUGUGGUGACCUGUAGGAAUCAUCAUGUGGCAGCAGCACUAGGGCUGUGUCCUAAUGAGUGGACUUCCCUCUUGGAGUUUGCCCGAGUGCCAGGGAAAGUGGCCUUGCAAUUUGUGGGGCUUGGAGCCCAACUCGAGUCCUCAGCCAAGAUUGACGAGCCCUUGACCCUCUUCCUCCGGACACUUUGUACCAGCUCCUCUGUCCUCCGCCCUAUUGUGCUUUCUUUUGAGCUUGAGAGGAAGUCCUCUAAGAUUGUCGUAUUAGAACCUCCUCGGCUGCAGCGAUUCCAGUGUGGAGACCUCCCUGUCCUGACUCGCGUGAAUGCCAGGCUCAGACUGUUCUGCCUUUCUAUCCAGGAGUCGGAGCACCCCAGCUCUCUGGGGGUCUUUGCUUCCUCCUGUUAACCUGAACUGCAAGAAUGGCCUGAAAGUUCUUCCUGCUUUGCUGGAAACCUGAGGCCUGGGUUCCGGCUCUUCCCCUUUGUCAUGGCCUCUACUUUCUCUGUGACUGAACUAGGACUCGAGAUCCCUGGAUUCACAAACUGCUACCCCACUGUAAUUUCUCCUCCUUGGUAUUCCAGUGCCAGCCUACCUUGGAGAAAUUGUGGAAACAGACACAUCAUGGUACUGUCAAUACUUCUCUCUGGAGUCAAAGCACUUGCAUUCACAGGUUGCCCUGAGCACCUGGGUUCCUUUGUAACAGAAGCCAGAGUAACAAGACUUUCCUAUUGUGGGGGUGCUGAUAACAGGCCCUUUGGCCUGCAGUAAAGCUCUGGUG